AACCACUAGAUAAACAGAGAACACCACACACAUGAACGCCAGUGUAUAUUUGCAGUCCUUUGGAUGGAAGGAAGGAGAAGCGUUGCAAAAGGGAGGACUCAAGAAACCAAUAUUGGUCAAGCAUAAAAAGGAUACUAAAGGGUUGGGCCAUGAUUAUAAUAGGGAUGGGGAUGUAUGGUGGGAGCGAUUAUUUGAUGGGCAGUUAAAAAAUUUAGAUGUCAAUAAGGAUAACAACGGAUCUGUUCUGUUUGAACAGAAUGCUGACAAUGUUAUAGGGACAGUUAAAAGAUCAAUGUCUCCGUUAUAUAGGAUGUUCGUCAAGGGUGAAGGAUUGGCUGGAACUGUGGGAAAGACCGAUUUCACCGCUAAGCAGAUGGAAGUAACUUCUAGUCAAGCAUUAAGGGAAAUGGAAAUACUUAUAGAAAAGGCAAGUGGUGAUAAAGGCAGCAAGGAAGAAAAGAAGGAGAAGAAGGAGAAGAAGGAUAAGAAGGAUAAAAAAGUGGCAGCCAAAAAGAAAAGCAAAGACAAGGAAAAGCUGAAGGAGAAGAAACAGAAAAAAGACAAGAAGGAAAAGAAGGAAAAGAAGGACAAGAAAGAGAAGAAAGACAAAAAGGAAAAGGAAAAGAGAGAGAAAAAGAAGAGUAUAGAAACCAAAUCAAAGAAACGAAGUAGAGACAGCGAAGAUAAUUCAAACAGCAUUAAGAAGCGAAAAUCAAAAAUAUGA